AUGAUGCCCUAUAACACCCCUCCAAACAUCCAAGAACCCAUGAAUCUCGCAAGCAAUGGUACCUUCGGUAUCAUCCCAGAUACACUCAGUUUCCAGAAUUUCAAGUAUGAUCGUCUUCAGCAGCAACCGCAAGCGCAACCGCAGCAGCGUGCACCUCAGUUACAACAGCAACAGCAACAACAACAACCAAUAAGCCCGCCUUUAUUCUUGGCAGGCACCAGGACAAACUCAAACCUUAGUAAGAGUAUCAACACCAACACCGUCCCUCCACUGCGUUUUAGUGGAUCAUCCCAGCAUUACACUAUCCCGGAUAUAGAUCACUCUUCCAUCAUAUACAAGAACAACAUCUGCAAAUCCUUUAAAGAUGAUUUAUUCUUCUGUCCAAGAUCUUUGCUCUCUUUAGAAGAGCAACGAGCAUGCGAAAAAAUGGAUAGACUGACCGCUGAACAGAUGUCACUACACCACCAGAAUGCACACCCCAGUUCCAACCCGGACUCGCUAUCUUCUUCUCCACCAACUUCUGCGUCUUCCAUAUUCAACUCUAGACCAAAAUUCAACCCUUACACUUCUCAGAGUUUUAAUCCUCUGGAAAGUGUUCGAGAAUGA